CAUAUUUCAAAAUUCUGUCGCUCAGUAACCUUCAAGCGAGCAGUAUUCAGCCCCGUCCCCAUCAAAGGACCCAUACGCCACCGUAACUGGGAUUACCCGGCAGUACAGUACCGUCGAAUGGUUCAGCGUGUCCUUUUCCACUCCACCACCUCCUUCCUCUUCUUCUCCUGUCCCUCAAACGUUCCUUUGGCGCUGCAUUUCUUUUCCUUUCUUUCCCAACGCUCUUCGCUCUCCGCGCAGCUCCGGUAUCUAUGCCAUCUGCCUUCUGAGCACAGCUUCUUGCGUGAUCUUCCUCUCUCGCCUCCCCGUCCGAGCGCAAUCCACCCCCAAUUUCCCCAAUUGAGCGUGGCCUCCUCGGAUCCCCGUCUCCCCGACAUACUCGCCCAUCUCUGAUCGCAAACGACCUGAGUUUGGCUUGUGAGCUGUGUCCUCUCUAGCAGUGCAAUUAACUGCCCGAUUGCACCUUGCCGACCCAUGCUUCAGCGCCCCGACAACUUCGAUGUUUGACCGAACACUCUGAAUCUCCCCCUCGAACCCCUCUCCGACACCCGCUCCCCUUUUCCACCGUCGCGGCGUAUCAUCAAUUCGCCGUACAGUUGCGCGCGUGCCGACGGCCUUCUCCGUGAAUCUUUGUCCCAAUCUUUUGGAACUUGUCACCCGCGCGGGCCACUAGAACACCUACUACCCUUGACUUUUCUACCUGAACGACUUCUCUCUCAAUCCUCCAUGACCAUGAACCCCUAUCUCAGCUGGGCCAUCCUGCUCGUGGUAGCAGGUGGCCUGGGCUGGUACUACACCAAUGGCUCAGUCCCGAAGGCCAAGACAGCAGUCCGAACUGCCGUAGAGAAAACGGAGGCCGUGGUAGCUCCCAAAAAGCAAAAGCGCAAGCCCAAAACACCCGAGCCGGCUGUGGCCAAGAAGCCCGAGGUGAAGACUGUGGUCUCCCCCCCGACCACCGAGGAUGACCAGCCGGAUGAGGAUGUUGACCGUAAGGAGAUGGCUCGCCGCCUAGCUGCCAUCAAGAACGGCGCCUCCCCCGCUCUGGCACCAUCUUCCAAGAGCCAGAAGAAGAAGGCAAAAAAGGCCACUCAGCUCGAGAGCGGCUCCCACGCCUCCUCUACUACCGGCGCCGACGCAGAUGACGACCUCUCCCCCGCUGCCUCCCCCGAGGUCAACGCCACCAUCCCAUCCGCUGGAUACGUUUCAGACAUGCUGGAGGCCCCCGCGCCUAGUGCCUCCGUCCUCCGUGUGACCGGCAACAUCGAGUCUGAGCCCAAGAAGCAAAAGGUGCAGAACUUCAAGCAGGUGGAGACUAAGAAACAGCGUCAGAACCGCCUCAAGAAUGAGGCGCGCAAGCAACAGGUCCAGGAGGCUGAGGAGCAGCGCCGGAAACUGUUGGAGAAGCAGCUGCACACCGCUCGCGACCUCGAGCGCCAGGAGGCUGCUCGUUCCAAGCCGCCCACCACCAACGCCUGGCAGACUCAGGGCGCCAAGCCUGCAGUCAACGGCUCUUCCCAGCCUGCCCCGGCUGCUGCUCCUGCUGCAGCUCCUGCUGCUGCGGCGCCCGUGCAGCUCCUCGACACCUUUGAGCCCUCCGCCGCUGCCCCUGCCCUGAAGAAGUGGGACCAGAACCUGCCCUCUGAGGAGGAGCAGCUCCGUAUCCUGGGAGCCUCCGGCGUUGACGAUGAUUGGACUACCGUCUCUAGCAAGAAGGUCAACAAGAAGAAGGGUGGCAAGGCUGACGAGAGCGUUAGCGAGGCCAGCGCUUCCGAGUCCCAGCCCGCUCCCGUGGCUCCUGUCCCCGUUGAGCCUCGUGUGACUGUGACCCCUACCUAUCUUCCUGACAUUCUCCGCUCUCGGGAGAAGGGCCACCCGCUGGACUCGGACUGGGCCGCUUGAACGAGCUCCUCCAACCCUUCCACUUUCGUCUAUAUGACAUUUUUUUUUCUCCCUCCCACUUUCGACCUUGUACCUAUUACUCACUGACUUGGCUUUGGCGUUUCGGAGGUGUGGCCCACAAUUUCCGCCUUGGACUCCCCAGCUUCACCCCUUUUGUAUUUCGGGGUGGGCACGAUUGGCUCUCGCGCUCAUCGUGGUGAAAUCGCCGCUCUCCCUCGGCGGGGUCGCGCGAGGGGAGCGCAAAAGCACACUUGGGGCAUCUUGUCUUCCCUUUUUUUUUCUCUCUAUUUUCGACUGUAUCACAAUGGAAGCAUGCUUUGUAGCAUUUGAUUGAGAACUGUUGAUCGAGUAGAGAAUGUAGAAGAAUGUUGUAUAGAAUGUGCCCAUGUUUGGGUUUUGGUUUCCG